AAACACUGCAACUAUGAAUAUUCAUACAUACUGUCAAAUAACAAACAAAUCUGGACUUAGGAAGGAGGGACUUUAUUUGAAGUGAUUAUUGCAAGGAAGGAAAGGAACUACUGAAAUAGGGAGAAGGAAGCUAUUGCAGAGAGAAGCUCUAACCAUAAGACCUACGCGUGUCUCAAGGGUUAGGCAAAGAGGUUUUCUUUCAUAGGGGGGAGUAAAUAAGGCUAGAAAGAACUGGGUGUGAGGAAGUGGGAUGACCAGGAAUGGUUUAUGGCACAGUAGAUCAGAGAAUGUUUUACCCUGAACCCAGCCUAUUCUCAGGAGGGGCUGUUAAGAAGGAGUUGUGUACAGCUCAAGUUGGGGAGGGGGACACAGCGCAAAGGUCAUGGACCUGGAGGAAGGAGAGAAGCUUAACCAAAGUUUAGUUAACAAGCAUUUUGUUUUCGUUGCUCUGUGGGGAAAAGCAGUUCAUCUAAGCGUUUAUGAGGCAAAGAAUUGAAAUUUGGAGUCUGUGUCUAGCCUUGCCAUAGGUAAACAAGGGGGCACCCAUGAGUUUUAUCUAAGUAAUAUAAGGAAGGGUGUCUCUUUGCAGUAAGUUGUGUUACAGAACACAAAAGGGUGGGAGGGGUUUCUUAACUUUCGCUGUUUUCCAGGAUCACAGGGCUUGAGCGAGGUUCAACAUUGUCGGUACAUCUCCUGAUAAACAUACGCAAGAAUUUCUUUAAAAUAUAUAACUAGAAGUGGAAUGGCUGGGUCAAAAGCUCUUGGUUCCACGUCCACAACCCCGGCGAACUAAUCACCGGUUACGCAGUAUUGCAGCACCUCAGCGCCCCUCGCAAUAUUCUCGCAAGUGUUGGUUCCAGCCGAUCAUGUGACACCCAAGAUGGCGGCGUCCAGUGCGGCGGAGGAGGCGGCAGUUUACUUAAUAGUGAGCGGUAUCCCGGCGGAGUUGCGCUCAGCCCAGCUACGGAGCUACUUUAGCCAGUUCCGGGAACAGCGCGACUGUGGCUUCCUCUGUUUCCACUACCGGCAUCGGCCUGAGCGGGCCCCUCCCCAGGCUGCUCCCGACUCUAUCCUAACUCCUAUCCGCCGGGGUCUCGGCCAGACUUCACUCAACGAUGCCCGCACUCUCUCCACUCAGGACUCUGCUCCCGCCCAGACCCGCACCUGCUGCUGCGUCAUCUCGGUACGGGGGCCAACUCAAGCCCAGAGGUUUCUCCGUAUGUACUCGGGCCGCCGGUGGCUGGAUUCUCAGGGGACUUGGUUACCUGGUCGUUGUUUCAUCCGCAGACUUCGGCUACCUACGGAGGCAUCAGGUUUGGACUCCUUUCCCUUCAAGACCCGGAAGGAACUGCAGAGUCGGAAGGCUGAGAGUGAAGCCUUCACGCUGGCCGACCUGAGGCAACUGCCAGAGCUGAACCCACCGGUGCUGAUGCCCAGUGGAAAUGUGGGGACUCCCCUGCGGGUCUUUUUGGAGUUGAUCCGGGCCUGCCGUCUACCCCCUCGGAUCAUCACCCAGCUGCAGCUCCAAUUCCCCAAGACAGGUUCCUCCCGGCGCUACGGCAAUGUGCCCUUCAAGUAUGAGGACUCAGAGACUGUGGAGCAGGAAGAGCUUGUGUACACAGCCGAGGGUGAGGAAAUACCCCAGGGAACCUGCUUGGCAGACGUACCAGCCAACCCCUGUGGAGAGCCAGAGGAAGAAGAGGAAGAGGAAGAAGAGUCACACUCAGAUGACGACGACGACCGGGGUGAGGAGUGGGAGCGGCACGAAGCGUUGCAUGAGGAUGUGACCCGGCAGGAGCGGACCACUGAGCGGCUCUUUGAGGAGGAGAUCGAGCUCAAGUGGGAGAAGGGUGGCUCAGGCCUGGUGUUCUACACUGACGCCCAAUUCUGGCAGGAAGAGGAAGGAGACUUUGAUGAACAGACAGCCGAUGACUGGGAUGUGGAUAUGAGUGUGUACUACGAUGCAGAUGGUGGAGACAAGGAUGCCCGAGACUCUGUCAGAAUUCGUCUGGAACGGAGACUCCGUGAUGGCCAGGAGGCCGGCUCCGUGAUCGGACACCAGAUGGGCACCUUCGAGCGCCACACCAAGGGCAUUGGGCGGAAGGUGAUGGAGCGGCAGGGCUGGGCCGAGGGCCAGGGCCUGGGCAGCGGGUGCUCAGGGGUGCCCGAGGCCCUGGAUAGUGACGGCCAGCACCCCAGAUGCAAGCGUGGAUUGGGGUACCAUGGAGAGAAGCUCCAGCCAUUUGGGCAACGGAAGAGGCCCCGUGGAACUGGCUUAGGGCUCAUCUCCACCAUCUACGAUGAGCCCCUACCCCAGGACCAGGGGGAGUCGCUGCUCCGACGCCAGCCACCCACCAGCAUGAAGUUUCGCACAGAUAUGGCUUUUGUGAGGGGUUCCAGCUGUGCCUCGGACAGCGCCUCAGAGCCUGCGUGGCAGGUUCAAGGGCUUCCUUAAUCAGGAUCACUCAUAAUUGCACAGUGGCAGCCCUCUGCCUGGCCUUAUCUCCCACGGAAGCAGAAAGAACUCUGGGAGCAGCAGUCUGCGCGGCUUGUUCAGAACUUGCCUUCUGCCUGUCUACCUCAGGGGCAUUUUUACAAAAAGCCCCCUAUCCUCCCCUUUAAUGAUAGGGCUUAAUGACUUGUCCUCGGUGGUCUCCUAACCCUAGUCCCUGUUUGGGCUUGCUCCUGUUGCCUCCCCCAGCACCUUGAAAACUGGAUUGACUGAGGUUAUCGUCACAGCCUUCCUGGGGGCAAGGGGAGGGUGGGAGUGGGUUCAGCAUGAAGCCCAGAAAGAGGGGAAAAGGGACAUGGAAGAGGAGAGGAUUUGUGGUUGGAAGAGAUGGUCUUGGGGCGGGCCCUCCAUCGCCUCUACCCUUAACUGGCUGGGACCGGGCAGCGGAGAGUCCGCUGCAGGUAUCCCGGGUCUGCGACCUGACGAGAGAAUAAAAAAGUUUACUACCGAA